GGGAUUCAGGUUUUACAUUUUCACAUUUGUUUAAACACUUCAAUAAAAAACAGCAACUAAAAUAAUAACAAGCGAUAAUAAUGAAAAAAUAUGUGAUGUUUUAUUAGAAGUAUUGUUUGUAUUCUUGGAAAUAUUCAUAUUUAAAUUAUGUUAUGUGGCACUGAAAGGUACUAAAAUUUAAAGAAACUUCUAUGGAAAACAAAAAGGAGUUUAAAUUGUCGUGUUCUAGUCAGGUGCGUUUUCCACACAGACAAAAAUUAUCUAGCAUUGAAAGGAUGUAUUUUGAAAAUAAUGCACAUCAUUGUGUAAGGCCAUGUUCUGAUGUAAACAAUAAAACUGAAUUUAAAAGAUUUAAUAGAUUCAAGAAUGAAGAUGAGAGAUCUAGAUAUUCUGCCCCCUCUCCUUCUGAAGAUUAUAAUAGAGGGAAGAGAGAUCUGAAAGAUCGCAGGCCAUUGAGAACAAGUAAACCAGUGCACAGUUCUAGAAUUGAUAUCCUAUAUGAAGACUCCUUUUCAGAUGCUGAUUAUAAUUUUGAGCAUGAUGAGAAAUAUGUGGAUUCUGCAUAUUCACAUUUUGAAGAUUCUGCCAAGCAGAACUCUGCCUUAAGAGACAGACAGUCAUUGCAAACUAGAAAUUCGAAUCAGAGUUAUAAAAGUGAAAUUUAUGACAGAGAGUCGUUCUCUGAUGUGGAUUGCAAAUUUGAAGACUCCGACGAGGAAACCUAUGGUAAAAAUUCAAGAUCUCGUAAUUUUGAAAUUUCUGAUAGAGAAAGACUGGGUUUGAGAGUUAAUGAACCACUGCAAUCCAGACAGUCAAAUUAUAACCAGGAAAGUGAUCUGCAGGAAGAAGACAUUGAUUAUAGGUUACAAGGAUUCAGCUCAGAUGAUGAUAAAAAUAAGGUUCAGACUAGGCUUAACCCUACAGGAAAUUCAUCUGUUCACAAAGGAGAGUUUACAAGGUUAACUUCAGGUAACUCUGAGUUCAAUUAUGAGAAGUUACAUUCUGUCAAAAUCAAAAAUAGUUGCAAAGAUUCAGAAUAUUCAAAAUCCAGCAUUUCUAGUCACAGAUCCUCACAGAAAUACAAAACUGAAGCACAAACAAAAAUGCACCAUGAUACUAGAGAAAAUGCUGUGAGAACAAAACAAACACCAAGAAACAGACAAAUAGUUCAGGAAUAUGAAGUAACCUUUAAUGAGGGAAAUACUCAAAGUUCAAGACACAAAAGUUUUAAUAAUCGAGUUUUUCCCUUCUCUACAGGAAAUGAAAAUGAUUAUGAAGGUGAUGCAAAUGUUUUGUGCUAUAAGCAAAGGCACUGGGCUGACCAUUCUGAAAUAACUUUAGUUAAGAAACCUCAAAAACAAUUUGUAGAUAAAGACAUGGAAUAUGCUCAUUCUAUGCAUUUUACAAAUGAAGCUGAAGCUGUCCAAUCUGCUAAAGGUAAAAACAUUAGAAAAAGAAUGAGACAUGAUACAAUUUAUGACAACUAUACUUUUGAUGAACACUUUCAAGCAGCUGAUGGUUGUGUAGAACACAAUGGGAGAACUUUGUCAAUGGCUGAUGCUCGUAAAAUUGCUGUAUUGUUACAUGGGCAGUCACAUGCAGAAACAAAUUUAAUUGAUUCAGGUUUAAGAGCUGCCUCAGGAGCUAAAGUCUUUUAUGUUGGAGGUGUGAGAAGAUGUUGGUCUAAAAGUUGUUGGAGCAAAUCCAAUCAUUCUCAUGCUUCAGUCAAUCAUGAGUUUCUAACAAAUAGGGAUGCUAUUUAUGAAAAACUGGGUACUACUACUACAGGUGCUGAUUCAUUUAAGCGAAAGAUAUGUUUUCCUGUGCUGACAUUUUUUAAAAGUCUUUUUCAUAAUUUAACUAUAUGGGGAACAACACUGAAGCGUAUUGAAGGUCAGUUUGGAACUGGAAUUGUGUCCUAUUUCAUUUUCCUUCGAUGGCUGAUAUUUUUAAAUAGCUUAACAUUUCUUUUCUAUCUCUUCCUUAUAAUUUUUCCUCAUGUUGCAUUUUCUAUUAUACCUCAUGGUGAACCAUCUAUAACAAAAAAUCAAACCAUAUUCACUGAAGAAUUUCUGAAUCAUUUCCCAGUUGAAGAAGAUCUCACACAAAAAUCUUCAACAAAAAAGUAUCAAGUGCCAAAGUUUCUAAACCUCUCUGAUGCAAUGAUAGAUCAAGAUAUUCUAAGUUAUGCUGGUACUUUACUUGAUCAUUACAUACCUGAUGAGAUUUUGGAUCUCACUCUAUAUUAUGAUAGAAGAAAUCGCACCCUUGAAGAACGUCAUAAUAUUUCAGAAUAUUGCAGAUGGCGCUAUGUAAACGACUUACAAAAUACCAGUUUGCAUACCUCUAACAAAUUUGAAGACGUUUUGCAAGGAACGGGGGUACUUGAAACCACUCUCUUGUUCCUUGGUUCUUAUCCACCUAAAGAAGUUGCAUUCUUGGGUUAUGUUUACAGCAUGCCACUUGCCUUCCUUUCAGUACUUAUAAUAUCUUUUAUUUUGAGCAUAAUCAUGAUGGUGCAAUAUUCAUCCCAUGGCAUUGAAGAAACUAUGUUGCUAAGAAAGAGCAAUUAUUUACUUUAUUCUAACAUCAUGUUUUGUUCCUGGGAUUAUUGCAUUGAAGAUAAGAAAAGUGCUAGAGUUAGACAUAAAAGCAUUGCAAAUGAAAUAAAGAAUAAUCUUGCUGAAGAACGUAGAAAGCUAGAAAUCAAAGAAUGGUCUAAUGCCAAAAAGACAAGAGUAUUAAUUUUGCGAAUUUUUGUAAAUCUUUUUGUAGUGCUAACUUUACUUGGUUGUUAUUACCUUAUAUACGAAGUUGUUCAUUACCAGCUAAAGGAACUACAGUUACAUCGUAUAAAGAACAUUGGUACAAACACACUGUUUGUGCAAUAUCUUUCCCCACUAGUCAUUACUGGCCUCAAUUUGGUUGUUCCUAUUAUUUUUCUCAGUAUAGUUAAGCUUGAGAUGUAUAAUACUCAAACCCAGAUAAAUAUGGCCCUUUUCAGGAUAGUAUUUUUGAGGCUUUCAUCUGUAUUUGUUCUGGUUAGCACUCUCCAUCAGCAACUGACAUGUCAACCUAGAGAUAUGUGUAAUGCUGGGAUUAGUGCUGCUUGCCGUACCCCUCUUUGCUGGGAAACAUACGUGGGGCAACAGAUUUACAAAUUAGUCAUCACAGAUUUCUUUGUUUACAUCCUAAUUUUUAUAUGUUAUGAUAUACCUCGAGAUUUUAUUGUUCGGAGUUGCAAAAAUAAAGUUACUGAAUUGGUUGGACGUCAAGUUUUUGAUCUACCUAAUCAAGUGCUCUCAUUAGUGUAUUCUCAAACACUAUGUUGGCUUGGAAUUUUUUAUUCCCCUAUGCUACCAGCAGUAACAGUGAUAAAAUUUAUAAUUCUUUUUUAUAUAAAAAAGCGCUUAGUUCUACAUUUUUCUAUACCUCCUCCUGUGCCUUACAAAGCAUCACGCACAAAUGCCAUAUUUAUGAUAAUUCUGUUGCUGUCAUUCUUUGCUGUUUUAAUAAUCCAUGGAUAUUCUGUAUCUAGCAUUGACCCAUCACCAGGAUGCAGUCCUUUCCGCUAUGAGGAUGUUAUGAUUAAUGCUAUUCCAGAUGCUGUGUUUAGCCAGUCUCCAAAAUUGAUAGAAUUCAUAAAUUUUAUUUUCAGUGCCUUCUUUUUCUUUCCAGCAUACAUAUUUUUAGGCAUAGCAAUGUAUUACUAUUGGACGAUAUCAGUAACCCACAGAAAAAUGGUCAAGGUUCUGAGAGCACAAAUAGCCUUAGAAGGAAAAGAUAAGCAGUUUCUUCUAAAUCGAAUAACAGAGGCUGUUAAAGAAUUUAAAUUUAAUCAAAACUCUAAUUGAAUUGAGUAAUUAAAAGAUGUUAAAUCAUAAUCAGCAAUUUUAAUUUUUAUAGCCUGUUGAUGUACUUGAUAUUGUGACUUAAAUUAUUAAAAACAAGUGCAUUUAUGUUUUUUAUGAUGUAUUUGUAAACAUGAUCAUAACUUUUUAAUAGUCGUAACUUUAUAUGUAUAUACAUAAAUAUACAAUAAAAGUGAAAAAUUAAAAAA